AGACUGAGUAUUUAGUUCAGCCUCCUCUUCAGUAACUCAAGAGCUCAGGACAGCAUUCAAUUGUUUCGAAGGUGUCAGAAACACCUGUCAACUCCUUCGGCCAAAAUGAAGCUGUUUGUCUUCGCUCUGCUAAUUCUGGCAAGUGCUGCCUCUAUGGUUCCUCCGCUGCGAGGAGCAGUUGAGAGUGUGAAGAGAGCUCACAAUGACUACGAAGUGGACGUUAGUACACAGAGUACCUUCACGACUACAGAUUCUAGUAACAGCACGGAUGAUGGAAUCACCACUCCCGAACCACCAGCAGAAAUCAAUGGUGGCAUCAUUGCUUCCAUCGUCAUCCUGAUCAUGGUGAUCGCUCUCUUCGCCGGGGCUGGAACAUACUUCAUGAAGGAAGAAUCCUUCGGCUGUUUCAGAUAAUCGACUUUUAUUUCUCCUGUAACCCGUCCUGCAACAUCUGCAUUCUGACAACUAUACUCUAUAUACUCCUGUGCCAGCUGUUCUUUUGCUGGUUUGUCUAUAUUUUCUGUAGUUUGAUGCUGAAGGCUUCAGUGACAAUUGCUUUCUAUCUGCUCUGCUUCAGAUAUAUUUCAGUCCAGGCUUCAGUGACCAUUGUUUUGUACCUAUUCUGAAUCAGAUAUUACAUAUAUUUCAGUCAAGGCUUCGGGUUUUGUAUCUGUUCUCUUCAGACAUAUUUCAGUCAAGGGUUCAGUAACAAGUUUCUAUAUUUAUUCAGCGUCAGAUGUUAUAUUUCAUUCGAGGUUUCAAGUAUCAUUUUUUUAUGUAUUCAGCAUCAGUUAUAUUCCAGUCGGGGCUUCAGUAACAAUUAUUUUGUAACUGCUUUCAAUCACAUAUAUUUCAGUCGAGGCUUCAGUUUUGCAUCUAUUCCGCAUCACAUAUAUUACAGUCAAGGCUUCAGUGAAAAUCAUUUUGUAACUGGUUUCAAUCACAUAUAUUUCAGUCAAGGCUUCAGUAGCAAUUAUUUUUGUACCUAUUCAGAAUCAGACGUUAUAUUUCAGUCAAGGCUUCAGUAACAAUUAUUUUGUGUCUGCUCUGAAUCAUAUAUCAUCUUCAGUCAAGGCUUCAGUAACAAUUAUUUUGUAUCAGUUUACAUCAGAUAUCAUACUUCAGUCAAGGCUUCAUUAACAAUUAUUUUGCAUCCAUCCUCUUCAGAAAUAUUCAAGUCAAGGCUUCAAUAGCAGUUUUUGUGUAUCUUCUCUCUUCGGAUAUAUUUCAGUCAAGGCUUCAAGCAACAAUUCUCUAUAUUUAUUCAAACAUCAGGUAUUAUAUUUCAGUCGAAGCUUCAAGUAGCAAAGGUUUCGUAGCGAUUCAGCAUCAGAUAUAAUAUUCCUGUCGAGGCUACAGUUGCAAAUAUCCUGUGAUCACGUCAGAGUAUUAUCUCGUAGCUCAUUUGGAAUAACUGGUUCAAAACUAUUUUCAGUUAACUAAAUCAAUGUUUAAUUUUUCUCUUCACAAGGAAUAACUAUCUUGGAGCCAUCUUUAAUCCCUGUAUGAAGACGCCAUUGUUAUUAUAUUUAUUCUGUAAAUAUUCUGUAACAUUCCCUAUCCACUGUUCUGUAAAGGGAAUCCCAUAAAGGAAAUACAAAAUUAAAAGCCUG